AUGCCUAACCUACCCUCUCCUCUCGCAUCUUCUGUUGCCAUCUUUCCUUUCGCCGCAGCGGCGGCGGCAGCCACUGCCGCCUUCAGUAACGCUCCCAACUGUCCUGCCCCUGGCCCAUUACAAGCCAUCUCUCAUGUCAAUACGCAUGCAUAUCAACAUCAUGGACAGUCAAUGCCUCAUCAAGCAGUCGUAUCUGCAGAUCCUAUACCACUGUCUACAUUGCCGUUUACGCCUCUAUGUCCCGUUUCCUCAUCAUCUACGCACAAUUCCUUCAUGAACAGUUGUUCCGACUUUGCUCCUGGCCGGCCUGAUUGUGCUCUUGGACCGCUAUCGUUCCACUCUCUACUCGGGUAUCUGAUAAAUCCGGUUACUGAACUAUCCAUUAAUCCGCCUGUAGGGUAUCGAGUCGGUGCCGCUGCAAAUCCCUCCAAUUCUUCAGGCGGCGUGAUCACUGCAUGUCUUGGUUACAAUCAGACUCUAUCGGUGCCCAGUCCAGUCAGCAAUGCCAAUGUACAGAGCACUGGUAAUAAUACAACUGCUAACAGCAUCACAGCUGCUAUGACUGGCAGUGCUAACCUCUGUACCGCUUUCUCAUCGAUUUUCAAUAAGGCUGGAAACACCAGUGUUACUAAUCAAGCGACAGCAAACCCAGCUGUUGCAGCGGCAGCUGCUGCCGCGAUCGCUGCCGCUAAUCUGGCCAAUACCAUUCUUGUCUCUUCACACGGAUCUUUUCCCCUUCAUCUAGGUCGCGAACUAACAGUUGGUCAUGCCGCUUCUGAAUCUACUAAUUCAAAUUUCGCCUCACAAGCUAUUACUUCAAUCUCUUCGCUUUCAUCUGCUUUCACCCCUGUCGCUUCCUUAACCCUUCCUCUCUCCACUGCAAAAUCCACCACUACAUCCAUUUCUCUGAAUAAUGCUUUGAUUCCAACAGUGAAUACCAUUUCGAAUACUGGCCGUAUAAGUUCAGUGCCCACUCCAAAUACAAGCAGCAAUGGAUCGCAUCUAGAGAUCGUCGGGCUUGAACAUGGUGCCUCUGAGGUAGAAGCGCAUCAAGUGCGUGGCUCUGGAUUUUAUGUCCAGCAGUGCUCUGACAAUCAAGCUUCAGGCUACCAACACUUGGUUCAUGCACCCCUGCAUCAGCAUCUAAAUCCUCACCAGACUGUCAAUUUCGUCUCAAACCUCUUUCCUGUUUCAUUUGGAAGCCAUCAACUAAACCCGUUUGGAGCACAGCCAACCGUUGCACCAACACAUCACCAUCAACGCCAACAUUAUCGCCAUCAGCAUCACUAU